AUGACGACUAACUAUUUAGUGCCAAAAACUAAACCAAUUAAUGGAAAUGUGUUUCAUUCAUUCGAAAAGAUAAAUGAAAUAUUUGCAAAGAAUGAUGGUAGAAGAUAUUAUAGAGAACUUGAAAGUUCAUGCUAUGACUCUGAUGCUCCAUAUUUUGAUGAUAAACAAACUCAUUUAAGAAUUACAAAUCCGGCUCAUGAUGUGAACCAAUUAGGUGACACAUAUAUUAAACGCAAAGUUAAAGCAACUCUAGUUUCAAAUAAAGCUUUCACAUGUGAUGCCGCUUUUAAAUGCAUGCGUUUAUUCGUUGGCUACAAAUCAUCAAAUCAAAGCUUUAAACAAUUAGAAGUAGAAACCGAAAGAGGUGAUGCCGGUUAUCUUCAGAUGGAUUGCGCCCGUGAAUCUUCGCAUUUGCAACAUAUAAACCAAAAUCAGAAAGGAAAGUUAAAAAGUUUGUUCAUUCGUUAUAUAAUAAUGUUCAAAAAUAUGA